CAGUAAACGAGCACACCCACAAGGCUCUCGACAGGAAGUCCCUCGGCGUUUGUUUUGAGACGCGUGUGGUGCCAUUUAAACGUAGUAAACGUACUUGACAGUUGUUUUAUUUUGAUAAAUGAAUUAGAAAUACUUUAAAAAACAUUCACAAUACGCGAUUCCCCUAAAGAUGCCACCUAAAAAACGCAGCUCCGGGACUACACAGAACAAGGAAGUGAAGCCCAGUGUUAAAAGUCCAUCCCCAGACAAAAAGGACAACGCAGAAUUAUCUAUUAAAAAACACAAAGAGAAAGACGAGGACUUCGUGGGCCUUUGCAUGACCCUCCAAGUGACUGACUUAGUGUGCGACCAAGCAUGGACAUUUUGGAAGUCUGUUCAGAAAUCCAUAGAGGAUAACCCUGACACCCAGCGGAGGAUGUGGGGUGUAUGUCUCUACGUCACCUCGACGGACAUGGAUGUGGCCAGCUUCACCCUCACUCAAAUGCAGAAAGCUGUGGAACUGAAUGUGAAGCAGUUUCUGUCCUUGGUGAGGAAGCUGGACGUGAACAUGGACACCAUCAGUAGCCGAGUUCACUCGGUUCUGACCCAUCUGGAGAAGAGAUACGACGUGACGCUGGCGCUGUACCAGAGAUUUGAGAAAACAUGCAUGAAAAUCUUUUCGGCUGACUCUGUCAAAGAGAAGGAGAUGCAGCACACCUGUUGGACGAUGUUUUUGCUAGCCAAAGGAAGGGCUCUGCAGAUGGAGGACGACCUGGUCAUCGCCUUCCAGCUGCUGCUGUGUGUGCUCGAGUUCUUCAUCAAGCGUUGCCCCGCGGGCGCUCUGCAGCCCCUCUACCAAUCCUCCAUUAGCAAAGCCCAGAGUCCGCCGACGCGAACCUCCCGACGCAACCAGAGCAAAGCCAAGCCCCGGCCCCCGGAGCCUGAGCUGGACGUACAGCUGCUGGAAACUCUGUGCGAGGAGAACGACUGUAACCCAGAGGAGGUGAAGAAUGUGUACAAGAACAGCUUCUGUGCUUUCCUGGAGUCGAUGGACCUCUCGAGAUCCCAGGAUCUUCCCCAGGCCAGCGAGCUGAGCAGGCAGUAUGAAGAGAUGCACCUGAGGGCCAGAGACUUUGACGGGCGCCUCUUUCUGGACGGGGACCAGACCCUGCUCGGCCCCACAUCGUACCCAUCGCAGGCGGCGGAGAGGACCCCCAAGAAGAACCAGCCCGAGGAAGAGGCCGUGCUCAUCCCACCACAGACCCCCAUCAGAGCCGCCAUGAGCUCCAUCCAGCAGCUAAGGCUGGACCUCACCUCCACCGGGGACCAGCCCUCCGCCAACCUCGUGAUCUAUUUCAAAAACUGCACGGUGGACCCCACCGACGGGGUGCUGCGGCGCGUGGAGACCCUGGGACAGAUGUUCGGCCAGAGGUUUUGCUCGGCAGCCGGGCCCCGCAUGGCCGACACCGGCAGACAGAGGUUUACGCUGGGGGUCCGGCAGUAUUACAAAGUAAUGGAGUCCAUGCUCAAAUCGGAGGAAAAGAGGCUUUCUGUGCAGAACUUCAGUAAACUCCUCAAUGACUCCACCUUCCACACCUCACUCUUGGCCUGUGCGUUGCAAGUAGUCAUGGCAACUUACGGAGGUCCCGGUGUGAAGACCGGAGGGUACACCCACGCAACCUGCGGCAACGGGGAGCCCGCGGAGUCGGACCUUAGCUUCCCCUGGAUCCUGGACGUGUUCGAGCUGGCCGCCUUCGACUUCUACAAGGUGAUCGAGAGUUUCAUCAAGGCGGAGCCCAGCCUGAGCAAAGACAUCGUGAAGCACCUGGAGAUCUGCGAGCACCUCAUCAUGGAGACCCUGGCCUGGAGGAAGGGCUCCCUGGUGUUCGACCUGCUGAAGCAGGCCCAGGGGGAGGGCUCGGCCGAGCAGCCUGAGACCCCCGCCACCCUCAACCAGCCCCUGCAGCACAACCACACCGCGGCAGACCUAUAUCUGUCCCCCGUGCGUCCGGGCUACCGCGUGCUGCCGCCCCCUCAGUGCCCCGGGACCCCCCCCACCAGCCUGGGGUCCCUCUCCCAGGCACCGAUCCCCCAACACCCUCGCUCCAACUCCCUCAGCCUCUUCUACAAAAAACUGUACCGACUGGCCUACACCAGGCUGAACAUGCUGUGCUCCUACCUGCUGUCCUCCAACCCCGACCUGGAGCCCUUCAUGUGGACCCUGCUCCAGUACACCCUGCAGCACCAGUACGAGCUGAUGAGAGACCGCCACCUGGACCAGCUGAUCAUGUCGGCGAUGUACGCCAUCUGCAAAGUGAAGAACGUGGACCUGCGCUUCAAGACCAUCGUCACGGCCUACAAGACGAUGCCCAACACCAACCAGGAGACCUUCAAGCACGUGCUGAUCACGGAGGGGACGGAGCUCAGGGGCCCGCACCACGACUCCAUCAUCAUCUUCUACAACCAGGUGUUCAUGCAGAAGCUCAAGAACAACAUCAUGCAGUACGCCUCGGCCAGGCCCCCCACCCUGUCUCCCAUCCCGCAGAUCCCCCGCAGCCCCUACAAGUACCCCAGCUCCCCGCUGCGCGUGCCCGGCAGCAACAACGUCUACAUCUCGCCGCUGAAGAACCCCCGCAUGUCUCCCAGCAUCAUGACCCCCCGGUCCAGGAUGCUGGUCUCCAUCGGUGAAUCAUUUGGGGCGUCCAACCGCUUCCAAAAGAUCAACCAGAUGGUGAACAGCAGCGACGGCUCUAUGAAGAGAUCCAUGGAGCAGGGCUCCGCCCCCAAACCCCUGAAGAGGCUGCGCUUCGACAUGGACGGACAGGACGAGGCCGACGGCAGCAAAGCGGCCGGGGAGUCGACUCUCAUACAGAGGCUGGCAGAGAUGAGCUCCACGAGGUGCCGCAUGCAGGAGCAGAAGAUGAAGGAGGACGCAGAGUCAGGGAAACAGUAACUCUGCCGGGGGGCCCGCUGAAGACCC